AUGCGUCCCGCCACCUACCUCGGCGCCCUCUUCGGCGCCCUCUUCGCCGGCCCAGCAGCAGGCUGGACCAUCCCCGCCGACCAGCCCGAUGGUGUUUACCGCGUUAGCUACGAUGCUAACGGCACCGUAGCGCACACGCUGAUCGCCCCACCCCUAAGCCCCGAGGAAAAGCGCUCCCUCCUCUCGGCUCCCAAGCCCGGGCGCUCUCUACCAUCGCGUAUCACCGGCCGCCAGCUCUCAAACCAGUGUAACCCCGGUGGUAUCGCCCGCGGCUACGACUUCUACUCGAUCGCUGGUACAACCGUCGCGUAUGUCUGUAAUUUCGGCUCGACAUCCUGGACGUGUACCGUCAACGAUCUUACCAACGACUACGCGCAUAUUACGGCAAUUUGCGGCUGGUACCAGUCUGGCUGGCGUAUACGGUGGCCUGCGACCAAUAGGGGUGCGCAGAUUGGCUACGAACCUAGCUGGGAGAAUUUCUGUGGUCGUGGAAUUGAUGGCUGA